AUGCUGGACCUGGUUGUUCUGGAGCACCUCCUGGCCCUUCUGACCCUGCAGAUGCAGAGCUGGGUGCGGGAAUGUGGAGCAGAGACCAGCUCCCAGGCCAUGGCCCUGGCGGAAGGCUUCCUCCUGAGCCAGGCAGAGGAGCAGAAGGAGCAGGUCGAGUUGCAGGAAGCAUUGGAGACACUGAUAGGUGGGGUUUCUGAAGCCCAUCUUCCAGUUCCUUCGCUCAAGAAGAAAGCGCUGCAUUGGGAAGUCAUGCUGGAAAAUUAUCGCAACGUGGUCUCUCUGGGUGGUCAUCGCUGUGAGAAUAAAGAUCCCAGAGAAAAAUUCAAAAUGAUCAGGAAUGGAGGCGGAAUGGACAAGGAACUGGAGAUGCAACUAGAAAGGCAUGAGGGAAACCAGUCAAAUAGUUGGAAUCAGGAAAUCUCAUCUUCCAUGGAUGAUGACACGCGAGGCUUUCUUGACCAACAAGGAAAAAUAAAGGAAACGUAUAUGGGAAAAAGUAUAAGACUAUUAAAAGGCAAAUUAGUGGGAAAUGAACACUCUCCAACUCAAACCAAAGGAGAAGAUUAUAUCUGCAGAGGCAAUGGAAAAAAACCCAAUUGGACUUUCACCGUUUCCUGUGAAAAUGGGUUCCUUAUGUCUCAUAACACGAUCCACACAGAGGAGAAGCCAUAUGAGUGCAUGGAGUGUGGAAAGAGCUUUCAUACUAAGAUACAACUUACUUCCCAUAACAGGGUCCACACAGGGGAAAAACCAUAUAAGUGCAUGGAGUGUGGAAAGGUCUUUGCUCAGAAGUCUAAUCUGAAUUCCCAUAAAAGGAUCCACACAGGGGAGAAACCAUAUAAAUGCAUGGAGUGUGGAAAGAACUUUACUACUAGCAGUUAUCUUACUUACCAUAAUAGGAUGCACACAGGGGAGAAGCCAUAUAAAUGCAUGGAGUGUGGAAAGAGCUUCCCUCAAAAUAUAUCCCUUGUCAGACAUAAAAAUAUGCACACAGGAGAGAAACCAUAUAAAUGCCUGGAGUGUGGAAAGAGCUUUACUUAUAUCAGUCAACUUACUUCCCAUAAAUGGAUCCACACAGGGGAGAAGCCAUAUAAAUGCACUGAGUGUGGAAAGAGCUUUACUCGGAAGGGUCAUCUGAAAUCACAUAACAGGAUCCACACAGGAGAGAAACCAUAUAAAUGUAUGGAGUGUGGAAAGAACUUUACUCAUAGCAAUCAACUUACCUCCCAUAAAUGGAUCCACACAGGGGAGAAGCCAUAUAAAUGCACUGAGUGUGGAAAGAGCUUUACUCGGAAGGGUCAUCUGAAAUCACAUAACAGGAUCCACACAGGAGAGAAACCAUAUAAAUGUAUGGAGUGUGGAAAGAACUUUACUCAUAGCAAUCAACUUACCUCCCAUAAAUGGAUCCACACAGGGGAGAAGCCAUAUAAAUGCCUGGAGUGUGGAAAGAGUUUUACUUCUAGGGGUGAUCUUACUUCCCAUAAAAGGGUCCACACAGGGGAGAAACCAUAUAAAUGCACUGAGUGUGGAAAGAGCUUUACUCAGAAGGUUUAUCUGAAUUCCCAUAACAGGAUCCACACAGGAGAGAAACCAUAUAAAUGCAGGGAGUGUGGAAAGAAGUUUAGUAAUAGCAGUCAACUUACCUCCCAUAAAUGGAUCCACACAGGGGAGAAGCCAUAUAAAUGCAUGAAGUGUGGAAAGAAUUUUACUACUAGCAGUUAUCUUACUUACCAUAAUAGGAUGCACACAGGGGAGAAGCCAUAUAAAUGCACUGAGUGUGGAAAGAGCUUUAUUCAGAAGAGUCAACUGAAUUCCCAUAAAGCGAUCCACGCAGUGGAGAAACCAUAUGAGUGCAUGGAGUGUGGAAAGACUUUUACCCAAAAGAGUAAACUUACUUCCCAUAAAAGAAUCCACACAGGGGAGAAGCCAUAUAAAUGCUUGGAGUGUGCAACGAGCUUUCGUGCUAGGAGCAUACUUACUUCCCAUAAAAGAAUCCACACAGGGGAGAAACCGUAUAAAUGCAUGGAGUGUGGAAAGAGCUUUACUCAGAAGGGUCAUCUGAUUUCCCAUAAAUGGAGCCACACAGGGGAGAAACCGUAUAAAUGCAUGGAGUGCGGAAAGAGCUUUACUCAGAAGGGUCAUCUGAUUUCCCAUAAAUGGAGCCACACAGGGGAGAAACCGUAUAAAUGCAUGGAGUGCGGAAAGAGCUUUACUCAGAAGGGUCAUCUGAUUUCCCAUAAAUGGAGCCACACAGGGGAGAAACCGUAUAAAUGCAUGGAGUGUGGAAAGACUUUUACUCAAAAGAGUGUACUUACUUCCCAUAAAAGAAUCCACACAGGGGAGAAACCAUAUAAAUGCAUGGAGUGUGGAAAGAGCUUUACUCAGAAGAGUCAACUUACCUCCCAUAAAUGGAUCCACACAGGGGAGAAACCAUAUACAUGCAUGGAGUGUGGAAAGGGCUUCACUCAUCGUUAUUCCCUUACUUACCAUAAACGGAUCCACACAGGGGAGAAACCAUAUAAAUGCAUGGAAUGUGGAAAGACUUUUACUCAAAACAGUGUACUUACUUCCCAUAAAAGAAUCCACACAGGGGAGAAACCAUAUAAAUGCAUGGAGUGUGGAAAGACUUUCGUACAGAAGAAUAAACUUACUUCCCAUAAAAGAAUCCACACAGGGGAGAAACCAUAUGAAUGCAUGGAGUGUGGAAAGACUUUUACCCAAAAGAAUAAACUUACUUCCCAUAAAAGAAUCCACACAGGGGAGAAACCAUAUAAAUGCAUGGA